GAUCAUAGAUCAUGAUGAGUAAAAAGUAAGGUUACCUUGAAUUUUGUGAAAUAAAAUUCAAAAUAUCUAAUUUUUCUAUUCAGCUAAAGAAUGUUUGUACUCACAUUUUGACACUGACGAAUUUUCAGAUUUUGGAAUGAAGAAUUUCUAUAUUUCUUCUACCUCUAGCUCAAUUCAAAUGGUUUUCACUGUUUUGACAAUCAGCAGGUAGAAGCAAUAACCUCAAAAAUAUCAAAAAUAUCUUGAUGUCAGUUCAGUCCAGUCAAUUUGUUCGUGUUCCUGGCUUCCCUGUCUUCCUACUAAUUCAAUCAGGCUAUCCAUCAUCAAAACAGGAUAGUACCUACUUCAUUAUGCUUGGUUCAAUAUGUUUCAAUCAGAAUAUUAUGUUUCUGUUUUGAAACUGUUUUUAUUGAUAUGACAAGAAUACUUAGAUGAUACUUUGAACAGCUUUGAACAUUUUUCAAAAUGAACAAGACUAGUAAAAAGAAUGCAGGUGAUAAGUGUCCUUCAACCAUUAAAGUCAAAGACAUACAUAAAAACUGUAUUUUGAAUGAAUCAUCUCAUGAAAAGGAAGAGUUGAAAAAUGGCUUGAGGAAUGGAAUAGUAGAAGAUGGUGAUACAAUAGUAGUAAAAAAAAACUCAAGCAGAAACAAGAAAAACAAACAUGAAAAUGGUGAAGUGGUUAAUAUUAUAAAAGAAUCUGAAUCUGAGGAGAAAUGUAUAAUCAAGACUGUUUCAUCAGAUGCAAAAGAAGGAUACCAAAGUAGCAUAAGCAAAAGGAGUAAAUUCACAAGUGAUAAUACUGUAAAUAAUGUAGAUAGUAAUUUAACAGGCAAUACAAAAGGAGAAAUAACAAAUUUAGAUUCAAAUGACAACAUUUCUUGUGAUGAAAACACUUCUUGUAGUCCACAAAAUGAAACUGUACAAGUCAACCAGGUUGCAGUUACAGCAAGUAGUUCAAAAUCAAUACAUAGUGUUGAUGUUUGCACCAAGUUAAGAAGACUAGAGCAAACUGAGGGUUGUGUUUCAGAAAUAGCAGAAAGUUUGAAAAACUUUCAGUUAGAAGACACCUCAAAAGGUACUGAGGCAAUACCAAAAGAGUCUUUGGAUCCCAAGCCUAAAAUAGAUUUUAUACAGUAUGAGUCUGAGCUUCAGAUGCCAAUGAUCAUGAAGAUUAUUCAGAAAGAUCUGUCAGAACCAUAUUCGAUAUAUACAUACAGAUAUUUUAUACAUAAUUGGCCAAAGCUGUGUUUUUUGGCAAUGUCUGGAGAAGAAUGUGUAGGAGCAAUCGUUUGCAAACUGGAUGUCCACCGCAAAGUGAUCAAAAGAGGUUACAUAGCCAUGCUCGCGGUUGACCAAAAAUUUCGCAAACUGCGAAUCGGCUCAAACUUAGUCCAGAUGGCUAUCAACGAGAUGAUACAGGGUGAAGCAGAUGAGGUUGUCUUAGAAACAGAAGUGACUAACAAACCUGCACUACAGCUUUAUGAAAAGUUAGGCUUUGUACGUGACAAAAGGCUGUUCAGAUACUAUUUGAAUGGAGUUGAUGCUCUCAGGUUGAAACUGUGGCUGAGAUGAGUAUCUGCUUGUUAUGAGUAGUACCUAAUAUUCAAUAUUAAUCGCCAUAUUGUCACUUUUCACAUGAUUCAGUUAAUUUUUGUUGAAGUGGAAUAGUUGAUUGUUUAAAUUUUUAUUGUUGUUGUUCGUUGGUUUAUUCUUUUUUGAAACAUGUUUUGCACAGAAUAUUUCAUCACAUCUUUUUCAACAAGUAUGUUUAAUCUAAACUCAUGACGCUAGAAUUCACUUCUAUCUUAAAAUGGCCACGCCGGAAGUGGUUGAUAACAUAAUCUACUCGGGGAUCUAUGGAAAUGGUCCUAUUUCAGUGGAAAAUUUUAUUUCAUUAUCUCAAAGUACUAACCCUAAAUAGUCCACUGUCACAAACGGUUUUUUCCUCAGAGCUCUGUAAAUUUUUUGAAUAGUGAUUGAAAUUCACAAUAUUUCAUGCAAUACAACCAUAUAAGAUUCUACUUAUGUAUUCAUUCUCUAUUUCUGUAAGACAAGUGCAAGACUAUUUCUGAUUGUCAUUUUUAUCAAAAUAUGAAAUUAAUUUUCUGGUCUGAAUGGUUUACUGCAGAUCAGAAUGCCAGGAACAUCUCAUUUUACGCUCUUUAAAAAGUGUGAACACACUUUUCAUGUUGUUGAACAGCUG